AUGCCGAAAGUUCGGGCGCAGAUAACAGAGUUGAGAUUUGUCAACGGAUGCACUACAAAUACGGUCUCGCGUGCCUACGACUACCCAGUGAGAUUGAUGCCAAUCUUUGCAGGCCGCCUCGGCUGCUCAGGUGGAGGCUGCAAUGAUUCGGCAGCGAUAGGAGCAUGCCGGGCUUGUAAGGGUGAGCGCUACUUGGCGACAACGCUAAUCCAGACCGCGCUGGGUCCGCGCGUUUCAAGUGGUCAGCUGUGA